AAUAAAAAAGGAAAGGAAUUUUAAGAAAAGCAUGAGAAACUGUAGGCAUUGAUAAAAGCUGAAAAGAAAGAAAACAAAGAUCCACCUCGAACCUCCCUCCACUCUCUGUCUUUCGCUCUCAACCCUCGACCAAACCCCAAUCUUCUUCUUCUUCCUUUGCUUGGCUACCGAGCAGAAUUAGGAGGUUUUGAUUUGUUGGUCUGAGUUUGGGUUUGGGUUAAUUACUACAAUUGUUUUCAAAUUAUAAUUUGUGAAUAAUUAUGAGGGAAGAGGAUUCGAAUUGGUUCUCUAGAUGGGAGGAAGAGCUGCCAUCUCCGGAUGAGCUUAUGCCUCUUUCCCAAUCCCUAAUUACUCCUGAUCUUGCUAUGGCCUUCGACAUUCGUAACCCCAAUCAUCACCAUGCUCAACAGCAACAGUCCUCAGUACAGCCUGCUCCUCCUCCACCUUCCGCCGCUGUUCAGCCUUCUUCUCAACCUACCUUAGCUGAAUUCGCCGCUGAUUCUGGGGACUUGGGAUCCGGGGCUGCUGGGGAUGAGCCGGCACGGACUCUCAAGCGGCCUCGUCUCGUGUGGACCCCACAGCUUCACAAGAGAUUCGUUGAUGCCGUGGCUCAUUUGGGGAUCAAGAACGCUGUCCCCAAGACUAUAAUGCAGUUGAUGAGUGUUGAUGGUUUGACAAGAGAGAACGUUGCUAGUCAUUUGCAGAAGUAUCGCCUUUAUUUGAAGAGAAUGCAAGGUUUAUCUGGUGGUAGUGGAGGUGGUGCCAAUGGUGGAUCUGGGGGUGCCGGAUUAGGUGCCUCGGCUGAUCCAGCCACAGACCAUUUGUUUGCAAGCUCACCUGUUCCACCACACUUUCUUCAUCCAGGUAGGGGUAAUUCAGAGCAUUUCUUACCAUUCGUGCCAGUGCCAGCACUGCAGCAUCACCAUCAUCACCAGCAACAGCAGAUAGUGGCAGCUGCAGUAGGACAUCCGCAUUUGCAGUCUCAGUAUCAUAGGCCACAAAUGGGGCAUUAUGGGUCAUCUCCAAAUAGCCAAUUCGAGCAUCCCUUCUUAGGCAGGCAGACGCAGCAACCAAUGCAUAGGAUCGGAGGGACACCCAUGCAUAAUCAAGCUCCCAGUAGUUAUGUUGAAGAUUUGGAAUCAGCCAAUGGGAAUGGUGGAAGGAAGGUUCUUACAUUGUUUCCUACUGGGGAUGAUUGAUUCAAAACUUUGGUAAUCAUUGACACCCCAUUUUCAUCAUUCAACAUUUCUGCUCUAUUUUAAUUAGCCCUUUUCUUCAAGUUUCAUCAUGUAGAGUCUUGGCUAGUAGUUAUUUCUCUUUCUGGCUUUUUUAAGUGAUCCUGAGGGGGUGCUGGUAAUUGGAAAUGAAAUUCAAUUUUCUGAGUUUCAUCUUGAGCUUGUAGGUAGUUUACUUAGUCUGUUUCUUUUACUACACUCUGUUGAGUCACUGUUGCAGUGUCAGUUCUUUUAUAAUUGUCAGUUUUGCAGACUUCACGGCUGCAAUUAAGUUGCCAGUGGCAUUCUGUGUCCUCAGUCAGCUUCUGGUGAUGGAUAUUAAUCGUGAUGUUUCUCUAAGUGAGAAUAUGUUCUUAGGCUUAUCAUGCUUGCAAUUACAUCAGUGUGCUGGUAUCAAGUUAAUCUGGUUUUCUUUGUGGCAAUGGUUUCUGGGAAUUAUCUCAGUUUACUUAAAUUUUAGAGACUGCAUGCUUGGGAGGUCAUUCAGCCAAUAAGGUGGUUUUUGAGGCUACAUGACUAAAUUUUGAGCUUGAGGUGGGGAAAAGAAGACAUAAUGUUGACAAUCUUAGUUGGUGGUUCUGUUUGUUACAUUUGGUAUUGAGGUUCUCGAGCUUCCUAUAUUCUCUUCUGUGUUAAUCAUUUCUUCUUCUUAUUUCAGUGUUAUGUAGAGGUAAGUUGUACUUGUUGUACAUUGUAUGACUCCAUAGAAGACUUUGGACCUAUGAUAUGAAGGGCAACUUUCAGAUA